AAAAGCGUAAAAAGAAAAAGAUUAAAGAUAACAAAUUUCAUUGAAAACUUUCUUUUGAGGGAGGGUAGAGAACACAAAAAGAAAGAAAAAGAAAGAAGAAACAUAGUAAAGUAGAAGUCUGUAACCCUAACCCUCCACAUUCAAAUCCGUAGCAUUUGCUAGGGAAAUUCCAUCUCUCUUUAACGGAUUACAGAAUAGAGAUUACAGAUUUCAUCCUAGUUUUGUUUUCUAUCUAAAAAGUCCGAUUUCCAGCAUCAAUUCAAGUUACUUUCGGAGGAAAGAAAUUGAAGAAUUUUUCUGACGAUUCCGACAAAAUUGAAGGUUGAACAUUUGUAGCAUGUAAAACUUGACAUCUGAGGAUAGUGAGAGAGAAGAUGGGAAAAGAUUCAAAGAACUGCAAGCAACCUUCUCACAAGCUCCUAAAAGAUCAAGCAAAAAAUCGGGUUGAGGAUCUUCAGUCCAUGCUCAACGAACUUCACCUAGCCAGGAAGGAUAGUCGAGCCGUUGAUGUCGCUACAUUAGAAGAGCAACUUAACCAAAUACUUCGGGAAUGGAAAGCUGAGCUUGAUGAACCAACUCCAGCUUCUUCAUUGCUUGAAGAUAGUCUUGGGUCAUUUUCGAAAGAGCUUGGUCAGCUGUUGCAGCAAUUCGAGGUAGAAGAUGAUGCAACAAGUCCAUUAACAGCAGCACCACCUAUCAUGAGGCAUGACAAUGCCACUCGUACACAUGCACUGGCAGACUCUGGAAGAGAUGAUGAGGUAUGCUACUUGAAUCAUACAAAUCAACAGCAAAGUUUUCAAGAUUAUCAGAAUCAUACACCACAGCAACAUAAAUUUCUAGGCUCUGAGAACCAUACGCUUCAGCAACAUCAAUUCCAGGGUUUUGCGAGUCAUUUAUCACAAUAUGAUUUUCCAGGCUUUGAUAAUCAUACACCACAGCACCAUGAACUUAUACAAUUUGAGAAUCGAACAUCAGAGUCGCAAGACUAUCAAGGGUUUGAGCAUUGCAAUGGUGUUGCUGCUCCUGUGCAAGGUAGAAUGAUCAAUAAUUUUGAAGCUUCAGGUCCGCACAAUAUGGUGGCUAAUAACUUUAAUAUGACUUCUCAAUUGGAGUUUAUUCACUUGGAUAAACAUCAAAACCUUGAAAAUGAAAUCUUUAUCAAUGCCAGUGGUAUCGAGCAUUGGGGAAUGGAUGAUCUUUCUGAUUUCUCGGGUGUGCUGCCAAAUGUCAACCCCCCACCAUCUGCUUUCUUAGGACCAAUAUGUGCCCUAUGGGAUUGUGCAAGACCUACUCAAGUAUCUGAGUUCUGUAAAAACUACUGCAGUAAGUUUCAUGCUGAUUUAGCAGUGGAGGAAUGCCCUCCAGGGACUUCUCCUAUUUUGAGGCCGGGAGGUAUAGGUCUGAAGGAUGGUCCACUAUUUGCAGCUCUCAGGUCAAAAGUAGAGGGAAAAAAUGUUGGCAUCCCAGAAUGUCUUGGUGCUGCUACUGCAAAAUCUCCAUGGAAUGCUCCUGAGCUAUUUGAUUUUUCCAUUUUGGAAGGUGAAAAAGUUAGGGAAUGGCUCUUUUUUGAUAAACCUCGAAGAGCAUUUGAGACUGGAACCAGAAAGCAGAGGUCAUUGCCGGACCAUGAGGGCCGUGGCUGGCAUGAGUCAAGGAAACAGAUUAUGAAAGAAUAUAAUGGCCAGAAGAGGUCUUACUAUGCUGAUCCCCAACCACAAAAGGACUUAGAAUGGCAUUUGUUUGAGUAUGAGAUUGAUAAUUGUGAUGCUUGUGCACUGUACCGAUUAGAACUGAAGGUUGCAGAGGAGAAGAAGAAGAGCCCGAAGACAAAAGUAACAAAUGAUUCCCUUAUUGAUUUACAAAAGCAGAUGGGUAGGCUCACAGCUGAGGUUUCGGCUGAGAACAAGCGCUCUGGGAAGGGCAAGUCUAAGAUCGAUUUGAAGAAAUCAGACCAUGGAAAAGAUCUUGCUCCAACUUUUACAAGUGUUACCAGUGGACCUGAUAAUUUAUCAGAAAUACAAUUCACUGACAACCAGAAGGACUCUUGAUAGGUUAUAUAGUAGUCUGAAUAUUAACAGAUACACUCAUAAUAUUGUAAUUUGUCAUAGAUGUAAGUAGCAUCAGGGGCCUUUUCAUUAUUCCUUUCACCCAGGUAUAGCAAUUCUGUACAUUGCUUUCAUCCCUGUAUCUGGGAGUUGGGACAUCAGUUAUCUUUAUGGUGUGUAAGAUAUCUUCUUUUAGAACGCGAAAAGCUGCAGCAUUGUUGUUGAA